AUGCUGGAAAUGUCAAUUUGUGAAGGUAAAGGAAUUGAUAUUGAUUUACAAAAUGAAAUAAAGUUAGAAGAAAAUCAUUGGAGAUUAGUAUUAAAAGCAAUAAUUGACAUAAUUAUGCAUCUAGCAAUGGAGAACAGUGCUUUUCGUGGAACUGACGAACUUGUUUCUAAUAUAGGUAAAUCUAAUCAAAGUGGGAAAUUUUUAAAUCUAGUAAAUUUAGUAUCUCAUUAUAACGAGCCUCUAAGAAUUCAUCUUGAACGUCAUAAAAAAGGAAGUGUUACAUAUUUUUCACAUGAAAUUCAAAAUGAAUUUUUAGAAAUUAUUGCAAAUAAAGUUAGGAAUACAAUUUUAUCACAAAUUAAAAGCGCUACAUAUUAUUCAUUAUUAUUCGACUGCACGCCAGAUAUCUCACACGAAGAGCAAAUGUCUCAAGUUAUUCGUUAUGUGGUUGUAAAUGAAAAUGGAUGUGAAAUCGUGGAAAGUUUUCUAGGUUUUUUACAAGUUUUUAAAAAUACUGGUGAGGCAAUAACAGAAGAUAUUUUGAGAAGCUUAUCUAAUCAUAGUAUUGAUUUAUCCUACUGUCGCGGUCAAUCAUAUGACAAUGGAGCUAAUAUGGCCGGGAAAUGGAAAGGUGUUCAAGCUAGGAUCAGUUCUAUAAACUCUUUGGCGAGGUUUAUUCCUUGUACGGCCCACAGUCUAAACUUAGUAGGUCUUUAUGCCGCUAAAUGUUCACCAGAAUUAGAAAAUUUCUUUGGUAUAGUUCAAAAAUUGUUCAAUUUUUUCUCUAGUUCUACUCAGAGAUGGGAUAUUCUUAAAGAACAUCUUAAAUUUUCAUUGAAAGGUUAUAGUACGACCAGAUGGUCUGCAAAACAACGCGCUGUUAAAUCAUUAUAUUUGCAGUUAGGCCAAGUUAUUCAUGUUUGUAAGUUACUCAAAAAUAGUAAUUUAUGUGAAGAAGCAAGUGUUGAAUUAAAUGGUUUGUUGAAAGGGAUAGCAAAUUUUAAAUUUAUAUGUAUGUUAAUAAUAUGGAAUAAAAUAUUAACGGCAAUUGAUAGAGUUAAUGUAAUUUUACAAAAACAGAACAUUACAAUAGAUAUAGCCACUCAACACUUAAAAGGUCUGAUAUAUUUUAUUGAGAAAUUUAGGGAAGAAGGUAUUGAAGAAGCACUUGAUGAAUCAAAACAAAAAUCAACUGAGCUAUCAAUAGAACCGGUAUUUCCAUCGAUUCGAGUUAGAAAAAAGAAAAAAAUGCCUGGUGAAUUAGCGGAGGACGAAUCAUCAACAUUAUCCGAAGAAAAUAAAUUUAGAAUUUUAAUGAAAAACGUCUGUGAUAGAAUCUUGAACGGCUUAAAAGAAAGAUUUGACUCAAUUGAUGAAGCUGCAAAAGAUUUUUCUUUUUUAGAUGGAAAGUUUGUAUUUAGUAUGCCAACAAUUCAAUUAAAAAAACAUGCUAUGGACUUUUGUAUCAAAUAUGAAAAAGAUAUUGACAAAAAUGAAUUAAUUUUAGAGUUGGAUAGUUUUACUCAACAUGCAAUUCAAUUGGAUAAUAAAUUAAUAGAUGCUCGUUCACAUGAAAUUUUAAAUUUUAUUCUUAAAAAUAGUCUUCAAGAAGCUUAUCCUAACAUAUUCACAGCUUAUCAAAUAUUUUUGACAUUACCCGUUACAUCGGCAUCUUGUGAACGUAGUUUUAGUAAACUGAAACUAAUUAAAUCAUAUCUAAGAUCAACUACAAAGCAAACAAGAUUAAAUGACCUGUCAAUUAUAUCCAUUGAGCACCAAGUUGCUAAAUCCAUAGAUUAUGAAGAUAUCAUUAAAGAAUUCGCGUCAAAAAAAUCAAGAAAAAUAAUUAUUAAAUAG